GCUGGUAUGUCGAUGGUGCAGAUAACGGACUACAUGUAUAUCAUUUUACGAAUGGUUUAAGAACUAACAAAGUCCACAGUUGCUCAUUGGAUGUUUUUAUUUUAUAAGCGUUCGAUAUGUGUAUAUACCCUAUUUCCGGAUUAUACAACAAGCGGAUAUAUAUGGAUAAAUAUGGAAUCUUACUAAUAAAAGCUUAGAGAACAACAGUGUCAACUGACGAACAUUAUGGCUACAGCCUAUAGGCAAACACACGACCAUCCAAAGGAAUAUUUCGUAGAAACGGAUACGGAUACGGAAGACUCCGAUUUCGACGAUUUCGUUUGUUCAGACUCCGGAAAAAGUUUGGAUGCAACGAUUUUUGCUGAUUUGGAACAAUUGUUCCAAUCUCAGGGGUCUGAAAAAAAUGAUCAGCCAGGAAAACUCCUCUGCGAAGUUCAAACUGAAGAAAAUAUAGCGGAAAUUUUCGCGGAAAUACGAAAGGAAUAUAAACCAACAGAGGCUGAAUGGAGAGUUUCCAAUAUUGACGAAAGGAAAGAUCAUGAAGCAGCCAGCCUCUUAGAUGACGCCUUUGAAUCCGUAAGCUCGGAGGUGGAAAAAAGCGGAAGUAUUGAGGGCUGUUCCUCUUGUGCUGAAUCAGUUAAUGUGUUGGAUGUUUCGCAGUUUAAAAAGGGACAACAUAUUUCAAUGCCAGGUAAAUUCGGAACAAUUUACCAACACCAUGCGAUUGUCUGCGACGUAAAAAGCACUUCAGGGACAAAAGCUGAACUGGAGCUUAUACAUUUUGAGAAUAAAGAUAAAAGCAUAAGAAUUCGCAAGGGGAUAAAAACAUACGACCUUAAAAACAAACAAAUUUAUCUAAAACACUACAAAAAGCAAAGGUACGAUUGCCAAUUGAUCGUCAGUCGGGCAGAGACAAUUCUGGAAGAUUUUAAAAUGUCCAAGUUUAAGAAAUACAAUUUUUUAUUAUUAAAUUGUGAGCACUUUGCAACUUGGUGUGUUAACGGCGAAGAAGAAUGUUUUCAGGUACAAGGGGCUUUACAAAUGAUGGUCGACACUCUCACGAGUGCACUGGGCAUUGGUAGUCGAGUGGUAAAGGUGGUUCAACAACUGGUCAUCAUGAGUACAGAUGAAAUCGCCAAGACAAUAUCGUCAGCGAUUGUUCCAGAGAUUGUACUCGGGGCAACUGCGGGUGUUUACUUAUUGUACUGUCUUGCUAAAACAGCAUACCUUAAAAUGGCAUACAAGAAAAACAACUUAUGCUUGACGUGUUUGAAAAUCACAUUAAAAGAAAUGUGGUUAGGCUUUUUAGUUUUUAGUUCGACAUCAGUUGUACAACUUCUGAUUUACACUUUUGCGGUGCCUGCAAUAGGAAGUGGAGUGGGCAUACCGUUAGUGGUUCUCUCAGUUCUGCUCUCAGUUGCGUUAAAAAUGUCUGUAAACACAUUUUUACGCGUCUUAAGAAAUCCAUUCGGAAAAGAGAAAACUAAACUGUCAAGGCCCUCGCAGUUAUCAAUUGCAGACAUUGUGGCCUUCAGUUACUAUAGAUUGGAGCAUGUUGCAAUUGUCACGGAUAUUUUAGAUGUGAACGAAAGGGCACAAACAGCAAGGGUCAGGUGCAUUCAUUAUGGUCUUCCUAAGUUGUUAGCAAAGCGACAAAUUGUUGAGGAAGAAUUUGAAAUGAAUCUGGUCAACUCAUCGUGGCACAAAUUUGACGUAGAUGACACAACUUCUUAUGCAUGUGAAAAAAGGCUAAGUCGUGCAAGGGAAAGGGUAGGUGAGAAAAGAUGGAGUAAAACAAACCGUUCAGACAACUUUUGUCAUUGGGCAGUGGUUCCAAUUGCGCGUUGGGACAACUACGCUUUCGAAGAGGUAAACGACAAAGAAAAGAAGAACAAAUCAGUUGAACCUUUUUUUAAUAAAUACCCAGGGUACAUAGCUGAAGAGCUCAGAUUAGGCGAUGUUGUAGAUUAUAAAGAAACAGGUGUGCUGGUGAGGAAACAAUCAAAAGUUGAUCAAGGAAAGAAUGUUGUAGAAAUAGAUUUGAUCAUCACAAGUUUUUGGAAAGGAGAACGAAAGACAUAUACAAUAGACUUGAAAAGGGACGAUAUUCAUGUGAUGUAUUACAAACCAGCUCUGUGCAUUUCUAUGCAAGAUCGAGUAGAGCGAGCAUUAUAUUGGGAAGGACGAAGAAAUCGACUAUUGUGGACCACGAAUGGAUUCAUAGAAUCUUGCAUCCUAAAAGAAGAAUAUUUAGACAACUAACAUGGUGCGAAUGAAAGCUUCGCUCCGACUGCUUCCUUGUAGAAAAGUGUGUUUGAAAAAUGAUCAAAGUAAUCGGUCUUACUAAAAACCGGUGUGUAAUUGUUGAUUUUAAUAAUGAAAAUGUACCAAAUUAAUUAGGUACAGGUUUAAUUAGGAAUAGGUUUCACAAAAGUGUCUGUAUUAUACUGUACAUGCUUAACCGAUUUACUCGUUGUAAGUUUUGCAAAUUUGUAUGUUUUGAUUGUGUUUUUAUGUUGCUUAAUUGGCCUUUUACUCAUUGAUAUGCUUGGAUAAUUGAAAUAUAUUUAGCUAACCACAGGUAUUUUUGUGAUAUUAAAGGACCCUCCUUAUGGCAUCCAUAUUCUGAUUUUUUAAAUUUAAAUCUUCAUUUUUUUAUUGUUUGAUUCGUUUCACCAGUAUCAUGUGAAUCAAGGACCGAUUGAGGACUUGUAUUGCAUCAAUUCCAGAAGAUAUAAAACGAAUCUAACUUUUGUAUUUCGAGUUCAAAAGAUAGGAUGCGCACAAUUACCAGUAUUAGUACAUGUGUACUCCUUUGUAUGAUUUGUUAAACAUAACAUUUAAAUACUUUUACAAGUCUAUUCAUUUAAUCCAAAAAUCAUAUUACGAAAGGUGACGAAAAGAGCAUGAUAACACAUAUCGACUUGUGUAGUAAUGUAAUAUUCUCACAGAAUUUCCUUUUUUACAACUGUUUUUGUCUUGGAAAGCAGUUUUUUGGAGUAAUCAUCUGCAAAACAAUGAUACAAGAUUGCUGACAAGUGAUCAGAGUGCAGAUUUGCCUAUUUCGUUCGAAAAUUAAUGUGUAAUGGCUUUAACCGUUUCUAACGGUUAAAGAAAAAUGCAUAAAACAUGAAUUUCUUAACUUAUAUAUAGAAAGCUACGAUCUAAUUUUUGUCAGCAGUCUUUUAUCACUGGUUUCCAUGGAUUUUCGCAGAAAAAUGGCUCGUUCCAAGACAAAAAAUGAAAAUGUUUUCAAAACGUUCAAUCUGUGAUAGUGCAGCUUUAAGGACAGAUGAACUUCUUAAGUGUUUGUUAUCAUUGUUAUCAGUAAGUGUUUUUCUAUUUAUAAUCAUGCACGACGUGUCAUAACAUCUUGUACUUUGUUUUGUUUAGUUUCCAUUAUCAUGUACUGUUCGCAAUUCAUCUUUUCGUACAUAAGUUAGCUCAUGUACGAAAAUUGAUUGGAUUAAAGUGACACUCUUAUUCAAUUCAAAAUAAAACAUACACAUGGGUUUACAAACAUCAAUUUAAAUGAUAAACCUUUAACUACUUACUAAAUUAUACAUUUAACUCAUGUACGAAAAUGUAUUGGGUUAAAGAGGUUUUUAAAACUUGCUUGGAAUAUUAAUGAAAAAUCAAAAAAAGUAUUCCUGUGGUGUGCAAAGAACCGCGCAUAUCAUAGAUGUGCUGGUACAAUAAAAGGUCAACACACACACACACACACACACACACACACACACACACACUAAAUAAGCAAAAAAAACUCAUGUACGAAAAGGUGCGUCGCAACGAGGGCAUGAUAUUAAAGCAUUCAAAACAAAAAAGUACUUAAUAUUAGUAAAAUCGUACCCGUAGUUUAAUUAUCAAGAUCAAUAACAAUUAUAGAUUGUUAACUAAGCUCAACAACAUCUUAAAUUAUAUUUUAUUAUGUUUCAGCAUAUAAAGGUAUGCAAAUUAUAACA